UUUCCGACCUGGCAACCCGCACACGUCUUUCAGGGGGAGGAGCCUGUUAGUCCGGACUCCGCAGUAGUUUCUGGAAGGAACCGCAUGUGUGCAUCAUGGAUAACGUUUCAGCAUUGAAAGACCAAGGCAACAAGGCUCUGAGUGCAGGAAAUAUUGACGAGGCUAUACGUUGUUACACUGAAGCCCUGACCGUCGACCCAUCAAACCAUGUGCUGUUCAGUAACCGCUCAGCUGCCUUCGCCAAAAAGGGCAAUUAUGAGAAUGCCCUCCAGGAUGCCUGUCAGACCAUCAAGAUCAAGCCUGACUGGGGCAAGGGCUAUUCUCGCAAAGCUGCAGCGUUAGAAUUUCUUGGUCGGUUGGAGGACGCUAAAACAACGUACCAGGAGGGACUCCGCCAAGAGCCGGGUAACCAGCAGCUGAAGGAAGGUCUGCAGAAUAUUGAGGCCAAGCUUGCAGAGAAAUCGAUGAUGAACCCCUUCGCCAUGCCCAACUUGUUCCAGAAGCUGGAGAACGAUCCUCGGACCAGGGAGCUCUUGUCAGAUCCGAGCUAUAGAGAACUGCUGGAGCAGCUCCGKAACAAACCGUCAGAACUUGGAGCGAAGCUGCAGGAUCCAAGAGUGAUGACUACACUCUCUGUGCUGCUGGGACUGAACCUUUCUGAAAUGGAAGAAGAAGAGGAGCCCACUCCUCCUCCUCCCCCCAAACCUAAAGAAACCCCACCACCUCCUCCCAAAGAGGAAGACCUCCCUGAAAAUAAAAGAAUGGCUUUGAAGGAAAAAGAAUUUGGGAAUGCUGCGUACAAAAAUAAGGACUUUGACAAAGCUCUGAAACAUUACGAAGAAGCGGUUAAGCAUGACCCCACCAACAUGACGUAUUUAUCUAAUCAAGCAGCUGUUUAUUUCGAGAAGGGAGACUUUGAGAAGUGCAGAGAGCUGUGUGAGAAAGCCAUUGAUGUUGGUCGAGAAAACCGUGAAGAUUAUAGACAAAUAGCAAAGGCUCUGGCUCGAAUUGGUAACUCCUACUUCAAGCAGGAACAAUACAAAGAAGCAAUUCAGUUCUUUAACAAGAGUUUGACUGAACACCGGACUCCUGAUGUCCUGAAGAAAUGUCAACAGGCAGAGAAGAUACUGAAGGAGCAAGAAAAACUAGCCUACAUCAACCCUGAUUUGGCGCUCGAAGAAAAGAACAAGGGCAACGAUGCCUUCCAGAAAGGAGACUACCCCUUAGCCAUGAAACAUUACACUGAGGCCAUUAAGAGAAACCCUAAUGAUGCCAAACUCUACAGUAACAGAGCUGCCUGCUACACGAAGCUGCUGGAGUUUCAGCUUGCCCUCAAGGAUUGUGAAGAAUGCAUCAAGCUUGAGCCCACGUUCAUUAAGGGCUACACGCGUAAAGGAGCUGCAUUGGAGGCCAUGAAAGAUUAUUCCAAAGCUAUGGAUGUCUACCAGAAAGCCCUCGAGCUGGAUUCUUCCUCAAAGGAAGCUUCAGAAGGCCUGCAGCGCUGCAUGGUCAGUCAAGCCAUGAGGAACGACAGCCCCGAGGAGGUGAAGAAAAGAGCCAUGGCCGAUCCCGAGGUGCAGCAGAUUAUGUCCGACCCRGCCAUGCGCAUGAUCCUCGAGCAAAUGCAGAAGGACCCUCAGGCGCUCAGCGACCACCUUAAAAAUCCAGUUAUUGCUCAGAAGAUACAGAAGCUCAUUGAUGUCGGACUGAUAGCCAUCCGCUGAUAUGAGACCAGCUCUGUUUGAGGAGUCUCCCAAGAAARGAGUGGAAUCACAUGCAGAUCGCUCUAAAAUAUUACACCUCUUUUCUUGCCUUUAAAUUCAAAAUUAUGUUGUCCUUGAUCUGACUGGGAUUUUGUUUGUUUGUUUGUUUUUUUUUAAAUAUUGUUCACAGUUUUGACAUUGUGUUAGCAGAAAAAAAGAAGCAUCUUGUUCGUCCGCUGGAAAACUUCAACACUCAAGACAACUUCAGCUAAAAAAACUGAGUUCACGUGUAAGGAUGCUGUAAUAACAUCUUAAAAAAAAAAUAAACGUCACAAUGGUGUUCACCACUGCGCUCGGUGUCUGAAGGGGAAAAUCUUACUAAAGUUGAUCUCAWACUGUAUUCAUGUUUUAUAAUAAAUCGAAAAUGGAUCAUCUGGUGCCCAAAA